AUGUCUUUUGCUGCAGGACCAUGGGGACAGAUAUGUGCUGGGAAUCCUAGGAACAAAGCAAGGGGUUGCGAUGGAUAUGGCUGCGGAUAUUAUUCAGCUCCAAGAGAGGACGGUAAAAGAAAGCACCUAGGGGUGGAUGUUAUAUGCGGAGAUGGCUCAACAGUGUAUGCUCCUUUCAGUGGCAUGAUUGAGAGACGAAUGAACCCCCAUGGAGGGAGAAGUGUCAUUAAUAACGGUGUCAAACUUCGUGGAUCAGGUUUCUGCGUCCAUAUGUUCUAUAUCAGGCCUGUUACAUACAGAGGUUGGAUCGACAAGGGACAAAAAAUUGGAGAAAUGCUGCCAAUGCAAAGAGUAUAUCCUGGUAUAACAUCUCAUGUUCAUGUCCAGAACUGUAACCGCUUUAAUGUCACUCGCUACUUAUAA